AUGUCUUCCAAUGGCAAUCCCACCUCGGGCUACGCCCAGCCGCCCAAGGACAUCUUGGACGUCAUGCAGGCGCCUUCGCCUGCUGUUCCGGUCCUGAGCCCGACUAUUGAUCGCAUGAUCAUGGUGCAGUGGGAGAAGCAUCCUCCCAUUGAACGCUUGGCUGCUCCUUUCCUGCGCUUGGCCGGCGUUCGCGUCGAGCCUCACAACCACAGCCGACGUGACAAUGUUCGCGGUAGCGGCUUUGCUCCUAGCGCCUACCGCUACGAUCUCGUGCAGAUUCCCCACGGCAAGCGAACGCGCAUCGAACUCCCUUUUGACAAUGCCCGCCUCGGCUCCCCAAUCUGGAGCGCCGACGGUCGGUUCUUUGCCUUUCGUCACAUCACCGACGAGGCUGUAGAGCUGUGGAUCGGUGAUGGCCAGACGGGCGUGGUCAAGCAAGUGCAGAACGUCCGCCUCAAUCCCAUGCUGGGCGACACGCUGCAAUGGAUGCCAGACCAAAAGACACUGCUUGUCAAACUCGUGCCAGCCAAUCUAGGCGCACCACCGUCGACGCCCGUCACCCUCUCAGGUCCUGACAUUCUCGAGGCCAACGGUGAAAAGGGACAGAGUAGCACCUACGAGACUCGCGAUACCCUCAAAAAUGCACACGAUGAGGAUCUCUUCGACUACUACGCUGCUGCUCAACUCGCCCUUGUCGAUGCAUCUACUUUGGAGACGAGACAUGUUGGCGAGGUCGACCGCUUCCUAUCACUCGACCCCUCGACCGAUGGAAAGUAUCUACUUGUCCAAACAAUCCAGCGACCCUACUCUCACAUCACAACACAUGUCCGUUUCCCCCGAAACAUUGAGAUCUGGUCCAACUUGGAGGGUCAAUCAGUCUCCAAACAAACCAUUGCUUCACUCCCAUUGGCAGAGCGCGUUCCCAUCAAGGGCGUCAGGACAGGCCCUAGGCUCUUUUCCUGGAGGGCCAAUGCACCGGCCACCCUCGUAUGGGCUGAAGCCCUGGAUGGAGGUGACUUUGGCGUCAGCGUUCCGGCUCGUGACAAGAUCAUGUUGUUGGAAGCUCCCUUUGAUGCGGCCCCUAAAGAGGUCACUCGCACCGAGUACCGAUUCGAACACAUUCGCUGGGGCGAACGUUCAGACAUGGCGAUAUUGUCCGAGUAUGAUAUAAACAAGAAAUGGAACCGCAGCUACAUCUUCAAUAUUGACGAACCAGAGAACCGGCGGCUGCUCUGGGACUUUUCGAUGCAAGAGAGGUAUGAUCAUCCGGGUACACCAGUGUAUCGCAAACUUCCCAAUGGAGCUCGUGUGAUGCGACAAGAAGGCGAUUCGAUUUACCUUUCCGGGAACGGCUCUUCACCUGAUGGUGAUCGUCCUUUCUUGGACCGGCUUGACCUCAAGUCUUUGGAGACCGAACGCCUCUUCCGUAGUUCCAAGUCUUGCUACGAAUACUUUGUUGAUUUCGACAAGUCAGACACCAACACAUUCCUCACCCGCAGAGAAUCGCCAGACGACCCGCCCAACAUCUUCCGCCGAUCUCUUUCGGGACGAAUCGACGCCGCUGAGCGCGAGGCCACUUGGGAUUCCGACAGCGUAGCCAUCACCCACGACGUCGAUCCAACACCAGCUGUGCGCCAAAUCAAGAAGCGUCUCGUCAAGUUUAAGCGCGAAGAUGGGCUGGAGUUGUCCUUCAAGCUGUACACUCCGCCCGGCUAUCAGGAGGGCACUCGCCUGCCUGCUAUCCUCUAUGCCUAUCCGCGAGACUAUGCGGGAGCGUCGACAGCGGGCCAGAUUGUGGGCUCACUGAAGCAGUUCACCAGCCUGGCCAAGUACAGCUACCUCCUUCUGGCCGGCUACGCCGUCAUUGACCGAGUUUCAUUCCCCAUCAUUGGCGAUCCCAAAAAGGCCUAUGACACAUACCUGGAGCAGCUCGUGGCCAACGCGCAAGCGGCCGUCGACGAGGCGGUGCGGCUGGGCGUGGUGGACCGCGACCGCAUCGGCGUGACGGGCCACAGCCACGGCGCACUCAUGACGGCCAACCUGGUGGCCCACUCGGCCCUGUUCCGCGCCGGCGUCGCCACCAGCGGGUCCUACAACAAGACGUUUACGCCCUUUGGGUUCCAGAGCGAGCGCCGCUCCCUGUGGGAGGCGCACGACGUCUACUACAAGGUCUCGCCGUUCCUCGCCGCCGACAAGAUCAAGGCGCCCCUGCUGCUCAUGCACGGCGCCGACGACGCCAACCCGGGGACCAAGCUCUUUCAGUCCGAGAUGCUGUACGCGGCUAUUCGUGGCAAUGGCGGCGUCUCUCGCCUCGUUGUUCUUCCGCAUGAGCCCCAUGCGUAUAGUGCCCAGGAGACUAAUGAGCAUGUUGUUCACGAAAUGCUCACAUGGUUUGACAAGUACGUCAAGAAUAGAGCCGACCCGCCGUUGUCGGGCGAUGGAAAUGAAAAGGCGGCACUAUAG